UUGCUGUAGACAUGAGCAUAUUUGCUUCUUAUGGGGGAUUUAAGCAGGAUGAUUAUUCAUCAUGUUUCCUUUUUAUAAAUUCUAAUGGUGGUGGAAACACUUGGGUUACAGCUCAAAAGAGCAGCAGCACUUGGCUGGCUAUUAGGGGUUAGGAUUAGAGGAAAUUAUGACAUGCAAUGGAUAUUUCACACAUUUAUUGAUGACACUUGAAUAGUGAGGAAGAAAUAACCGAUGUACUUGAGUCUGCUACUAUUUCAAGCAGUUCCUAGGCUUCAUAUAUAUCCAGUUAAGAGUAGAUCAUUCUUUUUGAAUCAAGUGAAAAGUAGAAUUUUCUUUGUUAAUGCACACUGCCAAAUCCUUGCAUUAUCCAAUAUCCAUUAUAUUGGGCUGUAAGGUGGAGAUUUCUUAACUACAUAUAUGGGUCUCCCUUUGGAGCCAAAUACAAAGAUAAUAAAGUACAGGAAGGUGUGACUGAGAAGUCAAAGGAGACUUUUUCAUCUCCCCUUGCUUUAGUGCCCAGAAGCGCUUAACCUUCUCCUUGCCCUGCCUCAAGCUUUAACCGGUUUUAAUAACACUGAUCUCAUGUGUUUGUUACUGCUUAAGGCACCCUGCUGCGUUAUCUUGUAAUGCUCAUAGACCAAUUACAAGCUACUUAUUCAGACAUAACAAGCAGAGCAGUUCUGGAAUUUGGUAGGAGAGGAAUGGCUGUCACUUGAGUUCCACAUGCACAUACAACAAUGAACCUAGUGUAAUCCCAUGUACACAUAUGCGACGUUAAAGAAUAGACACCAUUAGGAUUUAGGAAGGAGAUUAAAAGCGCACCACAUACGGCAUUGAGGGAUAUUAAUGCUCCAUGUGAAAGAAGAGAGAUGACUUUUGAGUCUAAAGCAAAAGAUAAGGGAUGAUUUUGGGCUUUUAUCUGUUUUUUGCGGGAAUAUUAACACCCAUCAGCAGGGGCACAUCUUCCGUAUCACUUUCCUAUCUUUCACACACACACACAAAAAUGUAUUUGAUAUGUAUAGUGAUGUUUUCUGUGUGAACCGACUUUAGAGGGACUUCUCUUUCCUAUCACUUCAAGGAUACAAUGCCGCUUGGAAGAUUGGAUAAUGAAGAUCCAGCAACAACACAAGAUGUUGGAGAUGACAACAAAUGUACUUCAAGUUAUGUGAUAUCCAGAUCUACUGAAGGAAACAAAGAUGAUUCAAGCAUGGGGAAAUUAAAUGAGAUCCCCGAAGCAGAGAAGCUGGAAGAAGAGAAACCAAAGAAUUCUACUUCUAUUGAAGUAAAGGAAGAGGAUCCAAGUAUGGCGAAAUCGAAGGGGAUCUCCGAAGCAGAGAAGCUGGAAGAAGAGAAACCAAAGAAUUCCUCUGAUAGUGUUGAAAUUUCGAGAAUUGAGCAGCUCAUGCAGGGGAAAUCAUUUUCAAGGGAUGAAAUAACGCGUUUGACAAAGAUAUUAAACUCAAAGAUUAUCGAUGAACAAGAAAAGAUAGCUAGCAUAACAGCUGAAGGAGACAUUGGAAGGUUACAUUUAGCACAUGAGACACCUAGAAGACCAAAUGACAGGAAUCAGGAUGAAACAGGCUUUGCUAUGCCUGGAACUUCAACACCUCUUCCCCAAACGAAUGUACGAGAUGAAGUUGGCGCAUCCCCCAUUGAUAUUGCAAGAGCUUACAUGGGAAGCCGUAGGUUAAGUAAGGGAAAUGAUUCUUAUGGUUUUGUAUCCAAGGUGGAGCAAGCUCCCCAAAAUAGGUUUCAUCCACCACCUUCACCAAAGUCAUCGACUUGUUGGCCUGCUGCCAUGGUGCAAGAUCAGCAUGGUCAUUUUACUCCACUGAAUCAGAGAGGAUGUGGGCUUGUUGAGUUCCCGAGGACCCCAUACUCUAGAACAUUAUUGCCGAAAUCCAGAGAUAGGCAGACGCAGUCGCAAGUUGGUAGCAGGUGGCUAGAUCCCUCAGUGAAACCCUUCCAACAAUCUCAAUCAUCAAUCUACAGCCAGGAGAAGACUAGGACGGAUUUACCUCUUCCAAGCUAUGGAUCUGUGGGACCGAUUCGGCGCAUACGGAAUAAAUUUGGCUCAGAAUCUCGCCCCAGGAAAUCCAUUUUCCUGAAUUCUCCAAAUGCUUCUUCACCUUUAGAAAAAGUUGGUGCUUCCAAAUUGUUCUUGCCUGCUGCUGCCGGAAAGAAUUUGGAAGUUGGUCAAACUAGUGGUCUAGAGAAGUACCAGUCAGUGGACCAUAGGGUAGGCAGGUCUGAAGAACCUAUGCCACUCAUAAGUUCUUCAAAUGAUGCUGUAAGAAAAAUAUUAGAGCAACUUGAUAGACACAAACCCACACCUGCAGAAAAGGCAGCUGAAUUGAAGCUGGCAAGCAAAUGGAAGAAAUAUCCCGGCAAAGAAAUCUCUGAUUCCACUCCAAAUGAUAAAAUGAAAUCAUCACAUUUAGGAGACUUUGGAAUACGUAUGAACAAUGGUCUGGCAGCUGCCCAAUCGUCCAAGGAAGGAGAUAAUGGAACAGUCAAUCGUGUGGAAAUACCUCAAGAGCAAACUACCCGUGAAACUGACACUGGUACGGGUGCUAGUGUUAAAGCUGCUAGUAUAGCUAAUGUGUUAGGUACAACGGCUAAAGCCAAUACUGUCCCGCCCUUCACUUCUAAGGCAGCUGAUUCCCAAGUCAAAAGUUUCUUUUCUGGUUCUCACAAUCCAAGUUUGCGCAAGGACUCGAUACACACUGAUGAUGGACAGAAAGAUAAAGGUGCUACCCCACAGUGGCCUUCUUUCCGUAAUCAAAGCAAUGGGCAGAAUGCUGCAACGUUAUCCAACUCCACGGGUUUCCAGCUACCAAGAAAUGCUCCUGGACAAGCCUCUGGUGCAAAACCUAACUUGCCAUCCAUUUUUGUGAAUAAGCCCAAUCCUAGAAAUGCGACUUUCCCAGACAAUGGGUUUGGAUUCAGUUUCCCAGUCCCUGCGUCAUCUGGAGCACUCUCAGAACCACCAACACCAUCCAUGCCAUCUCCCGCAGCCGGUGUCCUCUCUCAGCCAGUGGAUGCAUCCACUUCUCCAGUGUACGCCUUCGGCACUGGUAAAUCAGCUGAACGACUAGUCUUCUCUUUUCCCUCUACGAGCAAUGCAUCUGUUCCCGCGGAUGCUUCAGAUCUCAAGUUUAGCUUUGGAACAGACAGGAAAUCAAGACUGUCUUUUGGUGCAAUAGGAAAAGCAACAUGCUAGGAAGGUUUGUCAAUACUCUAGCUGCAGGAUUUAAACUCAAUGAUGGAAACUCUACUUCAUUAUAUUUUUUGUAUUCUCACCUACAUUUUGUUAUCUGCCACAGCUUUCAUUUUGAAGGAUGGAUGAAUACCUGAUAUUAUAAGUUUUAGCAAAACAAAUAAUUGCCUUUUGACUUGAUUA